AUGAGUCUGGACGAUUUCUGCGUCGCCGUGCACCGAACCAUCUGUGAGGAAGUAUCGUCGAUUUCUUUGGACGAGCACGUUGAGGCUGCGGGACCAAACCAGGUGGGCGGAGCGGACCCACCUGGUGGAGCGGACAAGUGCUUGUUCAUCUGGCGCUUGUGUGCAGUGAACAUGCUCAAGUUGCGGCUGAACCAGCUGCUGUCCUCCGAGUGUCUCAAGAUGCCGUCGACGCGGCCGCCGUCGACCGAAGGCACGCCGAUCAUCUUGUUACAGGACGCAGACGGCCCAGAGGGCGCAUAUCGGGCAGGCAAGGCAGCUACGCUGGAGUCCUCGCUUAGUUGUAUUCACUUAGAUCGUCUGGAGGGCGCAGCCGGGCCCAACAUCCACGAGCACGUGGUCACGCCUGCAGCAUUGUUGCAAAUGGUCCGGAUCGCGAACACGCAUUUGGGUGUGGCGCUGAGUCACUUUGACGCGGUCUCGCUGCCCAAGGGAAGCAUCCACCAAGUAUUGUUGGUUCUCGAGUUGCACCGGCUCCGUGGGAACGUGGUGGCCGUGGCAAACUUCUUGGCAGGCUGUGUGCCCCAUCUUUUCUCGCAUCCGAGCAUCGUUCGUCCCCACGACAUCCAGGACUCUCUUAAAGACAUGUGGCCUACCUGCUGGCCCACGCCCGGACCAGCUGGUGGCCCCAAGACAGUGGGCGAGUGCACCAGCUUCAUCUGGGGCGUGAUAGCGGACAUCCCGCACGGAUCCUUGGUUGCACUCAACGUGCUCCAUCAAAAGUACGGAAGGAGCGACGUCUGGUUCGCCAAAAUGUACGACGCCAUCGAGUCCAUUGCCGGUACCAGACUCCGCGUCCCCUUCACCCCGGAGUCCGGGGCCACCGCUCUCCGCAGGGCUUGGGUCGACGCUAAAAUCGCCGCCUGCCGGAAACGACUCCUGCGCGUAGCUGAAACAACCUCUGUGCCCGGACCCUGGGAUCUAAACCUCCCCUCCACAGCCCCUGCGCGUUUCGCGACCCCUAGCGACGAGAACUCACGUAUGCGCACACGCGUGCACACACACGAUCCGGCCGCCCGCGAAGCCGUCACCGUGUUCGUCGACUCGCCUCACAUACACGCUGGCAAAUGCAACGCCUGUGGCGAGAGCCUCCACCUGGAAGGUGCAUACACCGCCAAACAUCUCGGCGACCUCCGCUGGCUGGAACUCAAACGGUCCCUCGCUGCACUCGAGAUCGACUCCAACGGCACCACUUGGCACAGAGACUGCCACACGCUGGAAGUCAACUGGGUGAGCCACUGCCGAAACUCUCCCCACAGCCACAACAGCGCUGACUCGUAG